AUGGACUUAAUCAGCUCCUUUCCGGAUGUGAUACUCCAACAUAUCCUCUUCUUUGUUCCGACGCAACUAGCCAUCACAACUUCUGUCUUGUCAAGACGAUGGAGGCGUGUAUGGUCCGAUACACCUUCUCUUUCCUUUGAUGAUAGUUAUAGGCCGCUAGCGCAUGCUGCUCGGAUUAACGAAACCCUAGAUCGCUACACAGCUCCUAAGAUGACCAAGUUUCAUCUCAAAACCAGAAUGUAUCACACUGUUGCCAGUGUUGCCGACAUGGACAGGUGGAUGGAGUUCGUCAUGUCCUGCAACGUGGAUAAUCUAUCUAUCCCUCUGCGUCGCUUUGAGUUACCACAUUCUUGUAUGAUUCCCUCAUGUUCUGUAUCUUGGACAUCGCUAAAGAAAUUGUCCGUGUCUAACUGUUCUCUCUCCGAUGAAACUGUUGCUAAGAUUCUAUGUGGUUGUCCGAUUCUCGAAAGCUUAAAAUUGGAUCAUUGUCCACAGCUUAGGGUUCUUGAUCUCAGCAAAUCGCUGGGCGUGAGAACAUUAGAAAUAGCCUGCAGCCGUUUUGUGUCGGGGUCAAUGCAGAUUGUGGCACCACAUGUCCAUUCUCUCAGAUUGUGGCACAACUAUCAGUUACCAUGUCCUUUAGUUGAUGUCUCGUCUUUAACUGAAGCUAAAGUGGACGUUUCCUGUCACUCAGUUCGAGAGAUAAUCAAUGGUUAUGAUCUAUUUCAAUUCCUCCGUGAAAUGCUAGAGAAGUUGCAGAAUGCAGAGAAGCUUACUUUUGGGUGCACCAUUAUUCCGCUUUUAUCUGUUGCGGAGGUUCGUGGUAUUACUUUUCCGAUGUUGAAGAUAAAAGCUUUGAUUCUUGAGACAGAGAUCUUUCAGUGUGUUAUUCCUAUUAUAGAAAGACUGUUGCAAAACUCACCUAAUUUAAAGACGGUGACAGUUCAUGCAAACACGCAGUUAUACGGAGAUUACCCUAGGUUUAAGUUUGAAGAGUUGGUUCAAACACUUCCUCACAACAAUACUGUCUCCAUUGACCAUUGUGCUCUCAACCAGGCAGAAUGGCACACACAUCAUAUGAGUGGUGAAUCAUAG